UCAUGUCGUUUGUAUGGAAAUAACAAAUUGAUGUGUGAAAACAAACCAAUAUUUUUACGUCUUGAUUCAAAAUAAAAUAAAAAAAAUACACCUAUUCAAUUGAAGAUUCGUAAAACCAUAGGUAUCUACUUAGUUCGCAAUCGAGUAGAUAAGUCCUCAUCUGCAUCGACUUAAAGUUCAAUUAAUCGAUUAAACGUUGUCAUUCAACUGCAAGUUCUGAAGAAUAAUGUACAAUUUUCGGGCUUGCGCAAGAUUAGCUGUUAAAUUUCAAAAGCUAACAAGCAUCACCAAUCAUCAAUCCAAAAGAGAAAUCAAAAGGUAUGUUGCUCCGACGCUUAGGGAGUUGACAAAAAGGCAGAAAAAACAAGAAAAUCCAAUAGUCAAUCCACGCAGCAAAUAUCUCGACUGGAACCGAAACGCCGAACUUUAUGCCUUUAAUCAGAGGCUUACGGAAAAGUUUGAUUUAGAAUUACUGGAGCAGGCGUUUACUCAUAGAUCUUACGUUAUACAAGAGGAAGAAGAACAAAAGAAAGUUGGAAUCGAAGAUCCUCAGCUUGAUAUUUUGGAUAACAGAGAACUUGUUGAGGAAGGAAAGCAAAUUGCACCAUUGAUUAUCGACAAUUAUUUGAGUCAGGUUCUGCCUUUAGCUCCACUAGAAUGUAUUGAUGCAUUGAGGGAAUACUUACUGUCACCCGAAAUUUUAGCUAAAACAGCAUCUGGAAUUGGAUCAACUGAUUUAAUUUUAUCAACAGAUUUUCCUGUAGAAGGGAAAACACUUGCAAACACAUUUUAUGCACUAAUAUCAGCCUUGAAUCGCAGUGUAGACUUGGAACAUACUAGUGUGUUUGUAAGAGACAUUUUGAUUGCAAGAUUGGUUGAAAAAGACUUGAUGGAAAUCUGGUGUCCAGAAGAGCCAUUGGAAAUUUUAAAUGAUAUACUCGACAGGGAACACAGAGAACUUGCAGAGCCGAGAAUAAUUGCACAAACUGGAGCAAAUACCGUGACUCCUGUUUAUCAGAUUGGAAUUUAUUCAAACCGAGAAUUAUUGGGAACUGGCUUUGGUGAGACAAUUGAAGAAGCUCAAAAUAUCGCUGCAUUAAAGUCCUUAAUGGGUCUUUUUGGUUUGCUGGAUUGUAGUCCACCAAUUAGAUGUGACAAGAAAAUGAGCGACUCUGUUGCGAAAAAUAUGCCACUCAAAGAAUGGAGUAGAAGUAAUUAA